UUUUGAAUGCUUAGCGUUGCUGUUUUAGUGUUUGACGCGUCGUCGAUCUUGAAAUUCGGAAAGAAGCAACUCAACCUUUGACUUUUUGAUGGUAAAAGGUUAUGAUGAUGCAAGAAAGAGGUUCAUGAUGAAGGCAAGAAGUUAAAAUGAAAAGUCAGAGGGAAACAAAGUCUUUCUUUUCCUGAAGUAGCUUUGAUCAACCCCCAUUUGUUUCGGUCGUUAUCCUCUAUUUUGUGGAACGAGAGCCGAACGGACUUGAAUGUCUUUUGUUAGUCUGUGCAUUUUUAGAACUUUUAUUUUUGGUUUAUUUACUCCACUUUGCUCUCUCACCCUCACACAUGAUGAGUGAUCACGAUGAAGCAGAAGCAGGUCCAUCGAUAGUUCCAUUAUUCAAGAAAAAGAAGGGUGGUGCUGGAAGGAUAUCAAAGCCAAUUAGCAGGAAAAAUGGAGAUGAUACGAAUCAAAUUACAGGAGAAGUCAAAGACAUUGAUGCAGAAGAUGACGAGGAAAGAGUAGCUCUAGAUGACCUGAUAGCUCUAAGAUCCAUGCGUACAAAACCUCAAGGUAUCGACCUAGAACGACUCAAUAAGGGAGAGCUAAAGAAGAAGAAGAAGAAAAAGAGAAAAGAUGAUGACAAACCAGACACAGCAAAAACGGAUGAGGACAGAUGGGCUGAACAAAUGCGCAAAGGUGGUUUGGUAAGCCGAGACGCGCUGCAAGCAGAUAGAGCAUCUGGUGGAAAUACAAAGAAGUCUCAUUCAUCCGAUGAUGAAGAUGGAGAUGAAAAGUCAUCAGCACCCAGACUAUUGAAAGAGAAUAAUUUUCAAGGAGAAACAGGCACUGUCGAUGUAGACAAGCAUAUGAUGGCAUAUAUCGAAGAAGAGAUGAAAAAACGAAGACAAGGUCAAAGGAUGGAUGCCGCCGUGGAAGCAGCAAUUAACGCAAAAGACACUUCAAAUGGAUCUUUCAACAGUGCAGAGGAUGAGUUAUAUAAAGUUGCAGAAAAGUACAAGGCAAUCCAACAAUCUGCCAAAGAUGCAAUCGCACAAGCAAAGGGUAAUAUCAAUGCGACCUCCUCCGCUAGCAAGUAUGCUGAUGCUAUGCAAGCUCUUGCUGCUCCCAUACCUGAUGAAGAAAAGGAUGAAGGGAAUGCAUCGCUCAGUACAUCGAUGCUGACAGGCGUUCCAGAAGUUGAUUUGGGUAUGGAAGUUCGUAUGCGAAAUAUCGAAGCAACGGAAAGGGCAAAAAGAGAAAUGGAAGAAGCUAGAGCUCGUCAGAGAAACGGAAUGGUUACGCUGGAAGAUGAUGCUGACUUUGCAGCAGCACGAUUCUUCCGCCACAACACCAGAGUACAAUCCGACGCAGAACAGAUAGCACUCGAAAAAGCUAAUGAAGAUGACCAGCAACAACAGCCCAUGGCAGAACAUAGAAAGCGGCCAACAGCUUCUGAUGCUGCAGCUGUGGAUCGAUUCAAGAAGCGUCAGAGAAAUCAGCUCAAACGUUGACAGGAGUAUGUGAAUAUUAUGAAGCAUUUAAAUCCAUAUUUCCACAAGCGUGACAAUGGGGGGUUG